AUGGAGUCCGGUAUUUCGAAGCAAUUGGUGGACAAGAUGUACGAGAAGCGGAAGGCUGCCGCACUUGAGCUUGAGAAGCAGAUUCGAGAAUGUCAUCAGCAGGGCGACCAUCGGCGUAUUGGUCAAAUCAUCGACCAGCUUGUGGACAUGUUCAACAACCCAACCAAUCCAUUGCAUGUCCGGAACGGUGGACUCAUUGGCCUUGCUGGAACUGCAAUCGCCCUAGGCGUGGAUAUUGCACCCUACAUGGAGAAGUUCACCGAACCUCUACUCGUGUGCUUCGCGGACCCCGAGAACAGAGUACGAUAUUUCUCUGCGGAAUGUCUCUAUAAUAUCGCCAAGGUGUCGAAGGGGGAGAUACUGGUGUACUUCAACCCCAUAUUUGACGCUCUGAGUAAGCUUGCUGCAGAUUCCGAACUGUCCGUCAAGAAUGGUGCGGAAUUGCUGGAUCGCUUGCUCAAAGAUAUCGUGGCCGAGACAGCAUCCGUUUAUAUACCCCACUACCCGGAGACAGAGAAGGCGCGGAAAGCACUCGACGAAGGGAAUGACAUGAACAUUUUGGUGCCACACCCAGACGAUGUUGCAAGCGGGGCGGAUAUCAAUGGGGCACGUAAAGCGUUCUCUCUUGCGCGCUUCAUACCGCUACUGUCGGAGCGGAUUUACGUCUUGAGCCCCUUCACACGGAGCUACCUGGUUUCCUGGAUCACUGUGCUCGACUCAGUCCCAGAACUGGAAUUGAUCACGUACCUACCAGAGUUCCUUGAUGGUCUACUGAAGUACUUGUCAGAUCCCACUGAGGACGUACGUAUAGCGACGGAGAACUUGCUCGCUGACUUCCUCCGGGAAAUUCGGGAUGUGACCACCGUGCAACGACAGUACGAAGAGCAGUUCAAAACAAAGCGCGAAGCCGCUGAACAAGCUCGUCGGACCGACACUGAGAAGCCACAAGAGAUAACAAUAUCCGGUUCCGAUCGUGGUGGUCCAUUCCUCGAUGGCGACGAUGGAAUUUUCGAUGAUAGUUCUCUAGCCUCACCAGAUGAGAAGCAGCCUGACCAUGCGGGGCGGGACGUCGGCCAUUGGGUACCUGGUCAGGGUGUCAAGAUUGACUACCCUGCAAUAGUCGAAAUCCUAUUGCAGCAGCUAGAUGACCAACAUGAUGUAAUCCAACAGUCCACCGCACUCAGGUGGCUCACCGAAUUCCUUACUAUCGUGCAAGACGUUAUGGUCCCCUUCACUCCACAUCUCAUCUCUGUCGUCUUGCCUAAUCUAUCUCACCACGCACUACUGAAUGUAAUACAGUCCUUGCCUCCUCCAUUGACGCUCCAAUUCGCCAAGGGACAGACAAAUCGACGCGACCGUAGCCGCGACUUGACUUCUCCAGAAACAGCGUCGCCACCAGAAGCGGCCACAGUAGGCGAGAGGCCGCCUACGGCCUCGUCUCAACGAACUCGGACGAAUGCUUUGCAGAGCGGCGUCGCUCUAGCCGCGGAGGCAGCACAGCCCGCUGUGCAGACUAGCCGACCUGCCUCUCCCAUCUCGGCUAUCAGUGUGCCUCAAGUACAGACAUCUCCGGAAGCGUCCUUGCUGCAGGAGAAGUCGGACCGAUUCGACUACCAGGCUACCGUGAACGCGCUCACCAUUCAGUUCCUCAGCGAGCACGAGGAUACGCGAGUGGCAGCUCUGAAGUGGCUCAUAAUGCUGCACCAGAAGGCACCGAAGAAGAUCCUCGCUAUUGACGACGGCACGUUCCCGGCAUUGCUGAAGACGCUCUCAGAUCCGUCAGAAGAGGUCGUCAAGAGCGAUCUUCAACUGAUCGCUCAGAUAUCGUCAAGCUCUGAUGAGAGUUACUUCAAAGCCUUCAUGGUCAACCUCUUGGACCUAUUCAGCACGGACAGAGGAUUGUUGGAAGCUCGGGGCAGUCUAAUCAUCCGCCAGCUCUGUUUGAACCUUAACACCGAGAGGAUCUACCGGACUUUCGCGGAAAUCCUUGAAAAGAAGAGCGGCAUGGUUCAAAAGCUCAAUAUGAUCCUCAUCACAUCGCCUGAGUUGGCGGAAUUCCGCAGACGAUUGAAGAGCCUCGAAACCCGUGUAUCAAGACGGUCAAGCCUGUUUACCACCUUGUAUCGAUCAUGGUGUCACAACGCCGUGGCAGCAUUCUCUCUUCACGCAUCGAAUCUCCUCUACAUCUUUGCGGACCUCGAGAUCACAGUACCAUUGCUCGUUCAGAUAGACAAGCUAGUGCAGCUGAUUGAAUCACCUCUCCUGGAGCCAGAGAAACAUCCGCACCUAUUCAAGUGCCUGUACGGAUUGCUCAUGCUAUUGCCGCAAAGCUCCGCGUUCGUCUCGUUACGAAAUCGACUAAGCGCAGUGAACUCGGCAGGAUUCCUUCACAUCGCCCCAAAAUCAACGGUUGCCAGCAUUUCAUCGACCCGAUCAAAGCUUGGUCGUGAAGACAUCAAAUGGCAGGAACUACUGUCUCACUUCCGAAUGGUACAAGGCCGGCACGAGAAGGCGCGGAGACAAGCCCUUGGGACGGACACGACACCCUUCGCGGGCUUCACCGUAAAUGACAAGCCCACCACGAAUGGACCGACGACCUCCACACCCGCGGCACCAUCCUCCUUGCGCCCGCAGAUUCGUCGGAAGGUUACGGGAGGCGAGGGCCCUGCAAGACCACCUUCGCGAUCGAGCGCCGUCCUGUCUCCACUCAACCCGAAGGCUCGCGCGCAGAGCGGCUUACUUGCCUCGAAUCUUGCACAUCCGCCUACGAGCCCGACCUUCCCCGCACAGACACAGCCAAGCAGCCACCGCGGACGUUGA